AUGUUCAGCCCAGGCAACCUGGGGAAAUUGCCAUGGCAACCAACUGCCACAGGUGGUUGGCAGUUAGGUAGCAUUAAGGCCCAGGGAACCUACUGGGUUGCAGGCCUUUCUAAAGAGCCAAGGAAGUCAAAUGGACUGUUCUCUCUCUCUCUCUCUCUCUCUCUCUCUCUCUCUCUCACACACACACACACACACACACACACACACACACACACACACUUCGGCUCUAUCUCCCUGACCAAACAGGAGAAUUCCUGCCACAUAUUUUCUUUUUCCUCAUUGUCCAGUGUAGCCUUCCAAAUUGUGUAUGGGACAAGGCUUUGUAGCGGGGUUUCAACACUUGAUCGGUGAGAUUAAAUAACUGCAAAACCAUGUAUGAAAAGGCGACCCCAUUUGAUCCAGCUUUUUUUUUUUUUUUUAAGUGUAGAUGCACUUUGUAAAAAAAAUUCUGCACUUGAAGUAUGCUACUGAUGGUGCUUUUUGACAAGGAAAUACUGCUGUAGUCAUUAGGUAUACUUUUUAUAGUUGCACCUGUGAUUAAUAGAUAAUGUUAUUUCACUUGCAUAUGGUACUUGCAGGAGUUGUGAAUAACUGGACACGCCUAUUAUGUUAUUGCUUAUUAUUAUGAAUUGAAUUCACACAACUGUUUCUCUUGCUGAUGUUGAUCUUCAUGUGCAUUGUGUUGUUUAUUAUGUUACUAUGUUGUAAGCUGCCCUGUGUCCUUUUGACAAAUGGUGGUAUAUGCAAUUUUUAAAGAAAUAAAAUUAAUAAAAAUCAAUACAAAAAAAAUCUUUUGAUAGCCAGCGCUGUCUUAGAAGAGGUUUAUAACGUCGCUCUACCUGCUAGUAACUCACCACUUCUUCCUGGCAUUGACAAGCUGAUUUCUUUCUUGUACCUUUUCUCUGUAUUUCCUUUUCCUUGUUGCUCUUAUUCUUUUCUGUUCUCAGUCUGAGAGGAGGAGAUAUGAGUUGAGUUCAUUUUUGGAAAAUAAAAUAAUACCCUACCCUUUAGUCAAAAGGCUCUUACAGCGGCUUACAAACCUAAGUUCUAGGACAGUCACAUCUUGUAAUCUAAAAAACACACAACACACAAGGAAAAUGGAAUGGGAGGGAGGAGGAAAAAGCAAGCUCAAGCACAAGUUCUUCAAGUUACAGUUAAAGUUACAACCAAUGUAAGUGGUGGUUCUGGCUAUCUUGCCCCAGAUAAAGAGCAGUCCCUCCUCUGAAGCACUCUUCCUUCCAGAUGGGAUGCAGGAACACAGCUGGUAACAACACCCAGGCCAGGAGAACAGAGCAGCUCCUGCCCGACAACUCUUCUGUCAAACCUAUGAUAUGAGUUGUUUUGGGAUACAUUAUUCAUCUGAAAAGCAUAAUAAUAAUAAAACUAUUGGAACUAUUGUUUUUAUUUAGAUAGACGUGUGAUCAAUUAACAAAUUGUGUCUCCGGGGCCACUUCUCCUGUUAAUCAGAACCCAUCUGUUCUGCUUUGACCGUUUUCCUAUUUUAUCAUGACUCACUCCUUUUACGUCACAUAUUUCAAAAAGUCAGCUCUAAAUGCUGUCUAAAAACCUUUGAUGUAGCUAGGUGCCAGAACUGGAAAGGCCCCACUGCUUAGAGAUACGUACUGGACUUCAAUUCGGGAAAAUAUGAAAUGCAGCCUCAGAUUUCUGAAUGAAGUGCUCAGGGACCACCAGAGGGGGAAAUAAAGCACUGGGCAGAAGCUUAUUAAGAUAACAAAUUGUGCUUCAGCCUGUUUGAUUUUAUUAUAAUUUUGUUGUUGACAAUCUUUGAAUUGUAUUUUGAUUUAUUAUACUGUGAUACUGAUGUUUGGGUUCUUUGAAAGACAGAAAAGAAGGAUAUCAUCAUCAUCCUUUCAGCUGUUAAAGGCCUUCUCCUCCAUCUUCAUCUUUUCCUGCUCCCUCUGUGUCUUUGGUAAGUGCCCUGACAGCAAAGGUCCCUUGUCAGAAACAAGCCAAUUGAAGAGGGAACAGAGCCACCUUCAGAAAGCAGACUUGUGCAUCUCAAAGCCUGCUGUUUUUCCUUUCUUGGCCUCCUGCAAUUGUAAAAACCCUGUAAAUUAGGAGAGUUUGUGCCUGUUGGCCAAGGGUAGCCUCCUGGCUUGUUUUCCUUUGUAAACAAACAAACUGGCUUGACCUUUUGCAUACCCUGAAAAGUUUUCAAAGAUUAAUUAGCUCCACACUAGAUAUUUAGAUAUUUUAAAUGGGCAUAAAUUUGCAUGCAUUAACAAAUGAGCAACAACUGUAUGAAUGAAUAAAAUGACUGAAUGAAUUUUCAGUGUCAGACAAAAUGUGUUAUGCAGCACUGUAUUCAAAGGAUUCAAUUCAGCUGAAUGGGCUGGAUAGAGUCUACUGGCGGGCAGUCUGAAAUUCUGAUGUAGCCUGUAUAGUUGUAAUGAGGAAGCAUGAACUUUGCCUCUUCACUAAAAUAAUGAGUAUAUUUUUGGUGGUGGAGGGUGGGGCACAAUUGCAUGUGUACUUAAGAGCCAUGACAUUGCUAGAUAGGGCAGAGCCAAGGUUGGUUGGCAGAGAUUAUACCAGUAGUUGCAUCAUAUCGGCACCAACAGAAUCACUAUAAAUGAUAUCAUUCAAAAACAAGCAAGGUAAAAGGAACUUUAACCAAAGUUUGGAAAUUUCAGCUUCUGUUGAGAGGUUAGCAAGAGAGUACAGUGGUACCUCGGGUUACAGACGUUUCAGGUUACAGACUCCGCUAACCCAGAAAUAGUACCUUGGGUUAAGAACUUUGCUUCAGGAUGAGAACAGAAAUCGUGCUCUGGUGGCGAGGCAGCAGCGGGAGGCCCCCUUAGCGAAAGUGGAACCUCAGGUUAAGAACAGUUUCAGGUUAAGAACGGACCUCCUGCUAGCGUCUUGACCUCUUUACAAUUCUUCUUUAAAUAUUCAAUAAAUUUACUCCAGUUAUUUUGGUAUCUUUGAUCUCCCUGGUCCUGGAUCCUCCCUGACAGUUUGGCAAGUUCUGCAUAUUCUGUCAACUUCGCCUGCCACUCCUGUAUAGUUGGUAUAUCUUGUACUUUCCAUCUUUGGGCCAGAAGGGUCCUCGCGGCAGCUGUAGCAUACAUGAACAAAUUUUGAUCUUUUAUUUUAAUUUCUCUUCCUAUUAAGCUUAAUAGACACGCUUCCGGUCUUUUGGGGAAAGUAUAUCUAAAUACUUUUUUGAGUUCAUUAUAAAUUGAUUCCCAAAUUUUUUUUACCUUAUCGCAGGUCCACCACAUAUGGAAAUAGUCCCCAUCUGCCUUUUUGCAUUUCCAACACUUUCUUUCUUUUUUCCUAUACAUUUUAGCUAAUUUUACUGGCGUCAAAUGCCAUCUAUACACCAUUUUUAGCAAGUUUUCCUUUAAAGCCAUGCAUCCUGUGAAUCUCAAACCCUCCUUCCAUAAUCUUUUCCACACAUCCAAUUCAAUGUUAUGCCCAAUAUCAACUGCCCAUUUUAUCAUUGAUUCCUUUACUUCUUCGUCUUUUGUAUACCAUUCUAGCAAUAAACUAUACAUUCUUGAUAAAAUUUUAUCUUUACAGUCUAUUAACUCGAUUUGGAAUUUCGAUUUUUUAUCUUCGAACCCAUUUCUCUUUUUGUCUUCCUUUAAUAAGUCACUGAUCUGAUGGUAUUGCAGCCACCCUGUUAACAUCUUUUCAGUUUGGUCAUACGGUUUGAGCUUUAUCCCUUGGACUGUUUUCCUAGUAAUAUCCUCAUAUGUUACUCUUUCCCCUUCCAUGUUUACUUUUUUUGUUGUCAGCACCUCAAUUGGUGAUAUCCACCACGGUGUCUUUCUUUCCAGGAGGUUUUUAUUCCGAUCCCAUACUUCAUAUAAAGAUUUCCUAAUCACAUGGUUUAGAAAACCUUUAUGUACCUUUACUUUGUUGUACCAUAGGUACGAAUGCCAACCAUAUCUAUUGACGUGGCCCUCUAGAUCUAAUAGGUCAGUGUUUUCUAAAGUCAGCCAGUCUUUUAACCAUACCAAGCACGAAGCUUCAUAAUAUAAAGUCAGUUAUCCUAGUGCUCUGCAAGAUGUUGUCAGAUCUCUGGAAGGCAGGAAGCAAGCAGACUAGGGAGCAAGGAAUUGGGUCAAAUAUUAUUCCAAGCUUUUAUUUAUUUAUUUAUUUAUUUAUUUAUCUAUUAAGAUAAUUUGCAGAAGCCACAGGGCAGUUUCUAACAGGCACAUUGUUUUUUUUAAAACCUCACAAAAUAACCCAAUCCUUAAAAACACAUAAACAAAUCACUAAACAUAGUUAUUAAUGGCAGUGGUGGCAGCAAUAUGGUCUCUUCUCCCCCUACACCUGCUGGAAAAGAUUACCAUAAUCUUAACUAGCUGACUAAAGCUAUAAAGAGACAAGGCCAAAUGCAUCAUAAUUCCACAUAUUCCAUUUAUAUUAUGUCCUUCUUUCAAGGAGCUCAGGGCAACACACAUAGUUCUUCCUUUACCCCUCAUUUUAUCCUCUAACAGCUCUGGCUCAGCCCAGCCCAGUAAACUUUGUUGAUGAAUUAGAUCAGGGGUCAGCAACCUUUUUCAGCCGUGGGCUGGUCCACCGUCCCUCAGACCAUUUUGAAAAACACACACACAAAAACGAAUUCCUUUGCCCCACAAAUAACCCAGAGAUGCAUUUUAAAUAAAAGGACACAUUCUACUCAUGUAAAAAAAAUGCUGAUUCCCUGGCUGUCCGUGGGCCAGAUUGAGAAGGCGAUUGGGCCGCAUCUGGCCCCCAGGCCUUAGGUUGUCUACCCCUGAAUUAAACUGAACCCAAGUCACACUUGGCCAAUGUUUUAACCCAUGCAUUAUUGCCCUUCAGGUUUUAUGGGAGUUCCAUUAGCUCCAGCCAGCAUGGCCAAUGGUUAGGGAUUGUAAUCCAACAGCCUAGUCUAGAGGGAUGCAAGUUGGCAUUUCCGUUCUAACCAAUAUACCAUACUGGCUUUUUAAACUUUCCCUUAUAUCUCUUUUACUUCUGGAGUUAGAAACUUACUUUUUAUGUUUAAUGGAAGAUGGAACAUUCAGGAAUGUUCCCUCCUCCUUCCCCGAGGCUACAGCCUUGUUCAAAUGAUCAGUUAUAAUUCAUAGUAAAAACGCUUUCUCACUUGGAAGCUACUGCCAGAUGACAAGGAUGAGGAUCAUCUGAAACCCCUCCCAACUGAAGUGUGUGUAAAUAUAAUGCAGGAUUUAUGGGUCUACACUGGCACUUCCCAACCCACGGCUUUGAUCUAUCUCUGCCUAUAAUUCAUUCGCACCAGUUUCUACAUUUAUAAAAAAAAAGUUCUUGGCAAUAAUAUUCCAUCUGUCGGUUUCAUAAAGGUACAGUAGUAGCCAUGAUUAAAUGCAGUCCUGUAGCUGCUGUCUCAUCAGAGCCACACUCAGCGGAACUUACUAUUUCCGUGCUCUGCACUGUGAUGUUGGUAGCCUAAAAUCAAAUUAAUUUCUUUUCCUCCCCUGCUCACAUUUCAAGGCAAACUCAUGUCUGAGGUAGCCUUCACUAUCAUCCCUAGAUCUUUACCAGCAGUACUGCAUCUCCAUGUUUAUUAUUAGCAUUAUCACAGAUUGAAAACGUGGUUUUAGAUUAUUAUUUUCAUGUUAUCCCCCCACUCCCCCUAACCAGAAUCUAAUUUCCCCCCAUCUCUUCAUAUUCUCAGUCUCUUUGAAGUAUAUUAACAUUUCCCUCCUCUAGUAUCAGUGAUGCCUGGAAUUUUUUUCCAUUUGGUAUUGUCUGUUUCAUUAACAGUAAUUAUUUACUUCCUCCUUGGCUGAAUAAACAGGAAUAAGCAAGAAGAGAGGUCUCACGUGCAACACUGCCCAGUGUGGUACCCUGGGCAAAGAAAAUGGGGCAGAUACAUCUGCUGUCAGCUUAGAGAUGAUUAACACAUUUUUGAAGAGGUUCCCCCUUUGAACAGAGAAACUGAACUGUGUGGAAUUUGUCUCUUUUCCAAAACUAUGAUUUUGUGAUUCUCUCUUACAAUCACUAUAAAACAAUUCAUUGAUAUCAUAUAUAGGCUGCCUUUUUGGGCAUAGCCCAGCCAAAAAGGUAUAUAAUGUAUCUACACACACACACACACACACACACACACACACGAAAAAAAAAAUGGCAGCAGCAUUCACAAUAAUUUAAAACAGAAGUCAGUUAAAACAAUUUAAAAAAAAAAAAAAAGCAGACACGAAUAUAAAUCACAGCACAGCUAACUUCCUAACAGAAUAGCUCAGUUAGGGGGGCGGGGUGGGGCAGAACCUCAAUUAGUUAAGUAUUUUUAAUGAUUUACUUGAUCUAGGAGGGGUGGGGCAGCCAUGGCCCAUGGCCCAGUUUAGGAGAAAAUGAGUCUGAAAAAGGUGGGUUUUCAGGCCCAUUAAAAAACCCUUUGGAUGUUAUGGACUACAAUUUCCAUCAACCCCGGCCUGCUCAACUAUGUGGGCAGGAGCUGUUGAUAGUUGUAGCCCAAAACACCUGAAGGGCACCUCUGUGAGGAGUGAGUUCCACAAUCUGGGAUUUCCACAUAAAAGGCCCUGUCUCCUGGGCCCACCAGCUGUAUUUACCUAAUCACUGGGCAUGCAUGUGGGCUUUUGAGGCAGACCUUAAUACCCAACUCAGGCUCCUAUGCAUGUAGGCAGUCCUUCAAACAGCACUUUAAAUGCCCUGUGCUCUCUUAAGAUGGCUCAUAGUGGAUGUGGAAAUGAGAGGUACAUAUUGUGUCCCUUUCCAAACACUGCAGCACCCUUACUUGCUGUUGCUGUACACCUCCGUGGCUGGAAGUCUUUUCAUCGUUCCCCUUGGCUCAAACAGAAGAACCUUCUUCCAGAAGAGAGCCUUGCGGCUUUGUGUUUCCCCAGUCCAUGAAAGUGAUAAGCGAUUUCACUCUAAAACGACCAAGCUCUCUAUUCCUUCUCUGUGUCUCCUGCCCACUUCUGCCUGGCUACUGUCCCUAUCCAGAAUACCUGGGUUGGCCACCUCCACCCUUCUCCUUGGCUCCUCGGGUCCUUUUAACAGUGCUGCACUCCUUCUUGUAAGUGGAUAAUGUACCCGUUCCCCAACUUCACCCUUACUGAUAUUAGGAGGAUCUGACCUUGCUCCCAGGUCAGGCCCUUCUCCCUAUUCAUCCAUGGGAUGCUUUUUUCAGGCAGCAAUGGCUAGAAAAUGCCCCUCAGCUGCAAAAGUAGUUUAUCUGGAAGUAGGGAGUGUGGCGUUUGCCCGUUCGUUUGAAAAUGUCUGUACAGGGGAGAGAGAAAGGGUUAAAAUGUAGACCAAUAGGAAAGCUGGAGGCGGAGCCUACCUGUUUAUAAAAGGGCUUAGCCCGAGAUUUGAGUUAGUUGUUGGUGGUUAGUUGGUUGGUUUUAGUGGGUUGGUUGGUUGGGAAAGGCAGUUGGAAAAGCAGUUGGCAGGCAGUUGGAAACAGAGAGACAGUUAGGGUAGUGGGUUGUUGUGUGAGGGGAGGUAGAAGAGUUAGAGACAGGAUAAAAAUAAGACUAAGAAGGUAAAGAGUAACAACGUUUUGAAUGCAGUCAAAGUUUAUUUGUGUCUGCAGUAAACUACACUUUUCUUCGUUAACUUGAGAACCUGACUGAGACUAAGUGAUUUACCGGGGAAGACCUGGUUGGUGGCAGCGGAUUAGUGGUGUACAGGUCAAUAGUCCGUGAGACGACCGGGGGCUCUGUACGAACGCCACAGGGAGAAAUGGGUUCAUCAAAUCAUUGAGUUGGAAGGGACCCCAAGAGUCAUCUAGUCCAACUUCCUGCAAUGCAGGAAUCUCAGCCAAACCAUACAUGACAGAUGGCCCUCCAACCUUUGCUUAAAAACCUCCAAGGAAGGAGAGUCGACCACUUCCUGAGGGAGUCCAUUUCACUUUCAAACAGCUUGCACUGUCAGAAAGUUUUUCCUGAUGUUUAGUCGGAAUCUCCUUUCUUGUAAGCUCCCUUGAUCUGACAGAGUUUCGUCAUUCUGCAGCUCUUCAGGCCAUAAUGGCAAUGCCUUGCAUAAUACAAUAAUCCACAGUCAGUUAUAUAGUGGCAAGAAUAUGAGCAACUGUAAAAUAAGGAAUUUUGUGUAGAAAUCCAUAUAUCUAUAUCUAUCUAUGCAUCUGGAUGUUGUUAUCAAUAGAUAUUACAUACUGUAGUAAUAUUUUUCUGGGAUAUUCAUACAUUUGACAGGAAUAUGAACUUUGCAAACAUGCCCUGCUUCUAUCCAGUCAGCAGCAACAUCACUGGGGCUUGCACAGAAGUGGUGCUCACUGGACUGUCCUCACCCAAAGCAAGCUUUGCGUUCAGUAAAUUCAAAGCAUUUUCCUUGGCGGCUGGUUUCUUACUCUUACAUCCAUCCAAGCAGGUGACAAAAAAUCGGCAAUUUGACCUAGCUGUUCAGUGACAACCAUCGAGCACAGCCUGCUUUUUGAAUAAUAAACUCUGCUCAACAACACAUACAUAGUUUAACUAUUAUUCACAGGAAUUAACUGGAAAGUAAUUUUGAAUAAUGAAUAUAUGAGAGACAGUUUCCCUUGCAAUUGCCACGCAUAUGAUCUGAAAAUGCGAAAUGGGCUGAAUACACAAACUGAGUAUUCCUGUUAAACCAAACACACAAAUCAUCAUUAUCAUCAAUCGUCUUGAUUUCUUCCAGUUCCAACUGCAAUACUUGAUUUUUACAGCUAAAGCCCAAAGUUCCCUAGUUUGGCCUUUUCAGGAUUAAUUAAAGAAAAUCAAAAUUCUCAGAUCUUUAAACAGUCCCUUAUGAAAUUGGGCUGGCCAGCUCCAUUUUUAAAAAGAACUGCCGCUUAAUUAUAUUUGUUUAAAAAAUCCUUUCUGCCACUCACAUAUUAGACAGCAACCCUCAUACUCAAUCAUUUAAUUUCAGCAAGUACUCAUACAUACAUAGUAAGGAUGUAUGUUUAGAACUACCUCUUGUAUUUUGGACAAUACUUGUCAAAACUUGAUUGUUUUAUACCUAAACAUUAAAGACAGCAAUUCUCAUAUACAAUAAGUUCAUUUCAUCUAUCUAGAUAUCUAGAAAUACACAUCCACAAAAUAUAAGAAUCCAUAUUUAGAAUUACCUUUUGUUCUUUGGACAAUGCCUUUUGAUAACUUACUUUUAAUAAACUUGAACAUUAAGGCAAGUAGUAUUACUGUUGCCUACAGAUUUCUCAUUUGACUGAAAUAUGCUGCUUCUACCCUUUUUUUGUUGAACUACAUCUGAUUUUUAUCAUCAGCAUCCACCAAAGGGAAAUUUUUUUUUUAAUGUUAUUCUCAACUUUGAUGGUUUAAUCCCUUACUUUCAGAAAUCACUGUGAUUUAAAACAUUAUACUGUUUUUAUAGACACUCUUUUCUUUAAAUGUAUUUUUAUUAAAGAUUUUUUAUUUUAUUUACAAAAGUAUGUGCAAUGUCUCUCUCUCGUAUUUUUUCCAUGUAACAUUUUUACAAAUCAGUUUCAUUUGUUGAGACAUUAGGAAGAAAAGGGGGAAAGGGGUGGAGGGGGAAAAAGAUGGGUGGGGUCGGGUGGCGAUGUUUCUAUUUUACUUAAUAUAUGUAGGGUUUGGUGUCAGCGUUGCUUGUGCAGGUUCUCUGCUGUUCACUUGUGUUCCUUUGGUGGUGAGAGAGGUUGGGGUUGGCUUAGGGUGUGGUUGUUCAUUUGUGGUUGGCUGUGGUGGUUUAAUAGACACUCUUAUGGGUUGUUACAGUUCCAUGGAUAAUAUGGAAAAUGCUUCCACCAUGAGCAUGAUCAACACCAUUCUCUCACCCACAGAAUCUCUAUGCUGAUUUUUAUCAGUACAGAAUUUGGCCUGGAGUUGCAAAUCUCAUUCCUAUAGAUUUUUAUAUACUUCUGUCUUUGCUUCCCCCCCAACCCCACCAUCAGCCUGGCACUGCAAAACACCAUGAAGUAGAUUUCACUGAUUUUAAUAGAACUUGCCUCCAUAGAUGCGGGCUUAGGAUCACAACCUUGCAACACAGUUAAUGGGACUUACCGUACUUUAAUUGUUUAGGACUGGAGUGCCCUCCUUGCAGAUCCAGCAACAAGAGGAGAUCCCCUAAUGUACAAAAUAGCUAAAGCCUUUGAUGCCCGUAGACAAGAUUUAUCCAGUUCAUGGUCCCCAACAUGUUUUGAACUCUGAGUUCAUCAGAAGAAAAACUUAUCAUGAAAAUAAAUUGUAUAAUUGCUAGAAAGUUUAGCAACUUUGUGCUGCAGUUCUUGACUGAAUAAGUCUUUUGUAUAUCCAUAUACAUCUUUUGCUCUUUUGGCCACUCUUAUUGGGCCAUAAUUUCUUAAUGCAUUAAAAAAAAAGGAAAAGGAAAAGGAAAUGCCAGGUUGUUAUAGAGCCAAUUUAAUAGUUAAUAUUUAGAUUUCCAUUUACAAACCACGACUGACACAUUUACUGAUUUUGGAAAUUGUGUUAUUAGUCAAUCAGGGAGCUGUGAAUGGCACUCUCCAAUGACUGCCAUUCAAGUGCCAGUCUCAGCCUUUUGCUUCCUUAUUGCGGUGACCGUCUGUUGCACCUUCCUUCCCGCUGCUCAGGCUCAAAAAUUAGAUUGGACACAAUGGUUUUUCUAAAGGUAGCCAUUGCACUGAACUAACUCUGGCCCUUCUCGAAAAUUUGACUCUUUGUGGACUCCCUGCAUAUCUUGCUAAUAUUAUUCAUGCUCAUUUUAGACCCAUUUAGCCAUGUCACAAGUUGUUUGAUGUGCUUUGAAACUGAUGGCCAAGAAGAGCUUCUGCUGGCAGAGAUCGCUUGGGCUCCAACGACCUGAAUGGAGUUCUGCUAUUUUACACUAGAGCUGGCCAAGUAAGCCCAGUCGAGUCCUUGCUAUAGUUCAGCUUUGUCAUCUCACCAGCCUAGUGUUCCUGGCGCUUUUCAUCUGAAAGGGCUUUGCUUUGCCCUGCACUCCCCCCACCUCCCCGUCACUGGCCUGCUUUUAUGCCACUACAGUUUGCCGGAACAUUUGUUCAUACUCAAUAGCCAAACAUCAGGAAUGCUGAGAUUCUUUCCUUCUUGUCAGGACAAUUGUUUAGACUGUUUGCCACUUAACGCUCUGAUGAUCUCUCUCUCUCUCCCUCUCCUCUCUGUGCUGCCUAUAAUUCCUCCUUUCCCCUCUUAGCCCUUCAACUCUUCCUCAUUGGCUGAGUCACCCACCAACUCCCUCUUUUGACUUACUCUUUGGUGAGACCAUCCUCUGCAUUUCCAGCAGUUUUCUUGUCGUUUGGUGUGUGUGUGUGUGUUUCCCCCCUUGUCGUUUUUCUGCUUGGUGGUGUCUGGAGCAUUGCCGUCGAGAGCUGGUGUUGUACUAUGGGUUACUUCAUUAUUGACUUCCAGUCCUCCUGGACUUCUAUUUUAUUUCAUCUCAGCAUUGGCACCAUAUGGCAGCUAUGGCAACUGAAUAUAUCACUGUAUUCACUUUCUGGUUCUGGUCUGAAUUGCUGAAGGGCUCCACUCCCUGGCCUGGAAAAAAAUGUAGCUGUAGCUUAUGUAAGAGGAGCCAAGCCAGAACUAUGGAGAGACUAAAUUCACACUUGCAUUUUAUUUAUCAAACACAUAAUAUGGAAACCCAAGAAACAAAUCUAUUUGCCAAGAAUUCUGAGAGCACAUACCAAGAAAUGGAGGCCUGGUAAUGAAAUAAAAAAGGAAGCCCACUAUGCCUGCAUGCCUAUCUGUUGAUCUAUCUAUCUAUCUAUCUAUCUAUCUAUCAUCUAUCUAUUUAUCUAUCUAUCUAUCUAUCUAUCUAUAUCUAUCAAUCAUAAUCUAUCAUACUUUAUUGACUUUGAACUCAACAUUUGUUGUUGGAAAAGCUGUGUUCUAUAAAUCUCAUGGUCUACCUAAGCCAACUCACAUUCUUAUAAUAAAUAGAAUCCCUUAUUCUACAUCUCUACUAUCAUAACAGAUAAGGCAUUUUGCUAACAUAGGGGAGCUGUGAAGUGCCAAUGUGGAUGUGAGGUGGAUUAAUUUCAGAGUGUUUGUCCUCACUUAUACAGAGACAGAGAUGCCCAAGUUGUUUCUACCAUAUGGAAGAUCACCCACACCACCCCUUGUAUUUGAUCACAGGUCAUAGUAUCACACUUAACAGAAAUUAAAAUGUUGUACACACCAGAUACCAGACUCAUGGUGAUCAGGUUUUCGAACUGUUACAAGUUCUGAUGGCCUGUGGAGUAUGUGCCUUGUGGCAAAAUGGUGCAUUUGGAACCAGUUUUCUUUCAAGCCUUGCAGUCAUGCAGAAAGAUUUCAUCAGCUAUUUUCAAAUAAAUCUCUUAGGCUGCAGUCAUAUUGCAGACUUAUUGAAGAGUAAGUCCCUACUGCUUAUAUGGGAAUAGACAUUGGUUUUUUACAUGAGGGAAUAUGAAGCCUCAUCACUCUCAGGGGAUCAUGCUAUUCAUCAGCUGGAUGCCCUAUCUUUUGAAAUUUUAAAGAUUUUUUUUAAAAGAAGAAAAGAGCAUGAAACCCUUGGACUGCUUCAUAAAUACUUUUUAUGAUUUAAGAAAUGUGUGUUUCUAUGUUUUUAAAUGAUUUUCCAUUUAAAAAAAUCCACCCAGAAAUGGGAAAAGACAUUUGUAUUCCCAUCCCCACAAAGAACUGGAAUGGACUGGAUUUUGAUGGGUCCAUCCAUACCUAGUCUGGGUCCUUACUCACCCUUUCCCCAACUCUACAAUAUCAUUUUUGACGUAUGGCACCCAGAAUGGCCCACUAUAUUCCAAGUGCAGUUGCACCAUGUACAGUAUUUGUGUCAUGAUAUGAUAUUGGCAGUUUUAUUUUCAUUCCCCUUCCCAGUGAUCCCCAACAUGGGGUUCAGUAUUCCUCCCCCCACAACUGCACUCCUGCCCCAGAGUCAACAUUUUCACUGAGCUAUAUACUGUGACCCCAAGAUCUAUUUCCUGGUCAGUCCACGCAAAGCGAAUAAUUCUUAUUUUUGCACCAAUGCUUAUGUUGACUUACAUUUGUUGUUUUAAUGCCCAUUCACUUAGUUUUGAGAGAUACCUUUAGAAUUCGUCAGCAUUCCUUUUUGUUUUUAACCACCCUGAACAAUUUGGUGUCAUCAACCACCCUCAGCUCCUCAGAGGAAGGACAAAAUGCAAAUAAUGUUCAUUUCAACAAGUGCAGCCUGCCAAGACCUUACUAUCUUCACAGCUGUAGACACUGCGGCUGAAAGAUGUGCUCUCUAAUUUCACUGUCUAUGGAGCUACACUAUCCAUGGAACUCCACUGACUGUGGACUUCUUCAGCCUCAGUGAAGGACUGGGCCAAUGAUCGUCUACAACAAAAUUUGUCUAGAGACGCAGAUAGCCUAUAUCUAUGUAGCUCCAUUUAUUGCAAAUAAAUGGGGAAAUGGACAUUGAAGUUGCAUAUUGCUCACUUCAAACUAAUACCCUGUUUGUCAUUAUGGCAAUAAAGUUUCAUUUAGGACAAAAAGCAAAUCGAAGCUUGGAAGCUGUGAAAUGCACAAGGCCUGGGAAGCUGCUUAUUUAAUUUUCAUCCAAGUGUGAUGGCACCACCAGGCAAUUCUGGCUGUAGCAAACUUUAGGUCCAAUUUCCCCCUAAGGCAGAACAUAUCAGUGAAUACAGAGCUGAAGGCUGAAGUCCAACUGAAUGCAGAGUUCUUGUGGCUUAUUCUCCGUCUCAGAGUUCACUGGCAGAUGUUGCAAGAAGUCUAAACAGCCUAUCGCAUGAACGCUGCCCUCAAAUGCUCUCUGUCCUGCAGGGACAGGUGUAUAUCUUGACAUCUAAUAUGGGCCACUGCAACUUCAAGGCAUUCCAUGAAGGGCAAGCAUGGAUCUAUAGAGUAUUCAAUUAUAGGAAAAAGACUUUCUCCAGGCUGCAAGCCCAAAUGAAUCUUGCGGUUUAGUUUGUAUGAGGAGCUGCUAGGGGCAGAACUGGAAAACCGCACCUCUGUGGGUAGCUGCUCAGAGCUACUGUUUAGAGCAGGAGGCUCAUCAAUAUGGUGCCCUCUGGAUGUUGUUGGACUACAACUGUCACCAGUGGCCUCCAGCCAUGGCUAAUGGUUAGGGAUGUUGGAGUUUAGCAACAUUUGAAGGGCUACAGACAGACGCGUACCUAGAGUCCCUUACACCCUUGGCAAGAAGCUGUAUCGGUGCCCUCCCGAAAAACAUCACUUUACCAAAGUGAGAGAAGGACAGCAAGCUUCUCCCACAUUUGAUCUUACCCAUAGCAUCAACAGCACAUCACCACACACAUACACAUUCCAUAGUCUGAAAAGUGAUUUUUUUGGGGGGGGAGCCUCCUCCCCCAGUGGAGGUCGAUUUUGCCAACCCCUAGCUACACCUCUGGCGACAGGUUUCCCCUUCCUAGAUUAUAUAAGCAUGUUCGAGUUGAUGUGGCCACCUAUUGGCAGCCAUGUGAACCGCAACAUGAUAACAUACAAUUUUAAUGUAUAUAGGAAGAUAGAUGUUUCACCUACCUUUCUGGUUAUAUCACAAUUUAUAAUAUCUGGUGAAGCUGUUGCUUAGCCAUUUCAUUUCAGAGCCAUGCAAUUUACAGUUUUCUACAACUCCUUAGUCAUUACCUGUUGAUAUAACAGGUCAUAUAAUUUCAAGAUGGGCGUCAAAGAUUUUUGUUUUGUUUUGAUGCUUUUUUAUUGUUACAGUGAGGGGUUUGUUUGUUUGUUUUGAUCCAGCUUCCCCCCCCAUCUUAUUCGACAGCCAAGCCAAGAUACUCAAAAACAUACUGUUAGUUCUAUUCAUAGCCAUCCUGCCACCAGAGAUUGGCCUCUGUUGAGAUCCUAGCCAUGCUCAGUGCUAAGGUUUAUUUGCAUUUGUGCUUUUUUCAGUCAAAAGGACAUGGGAAGAAAGACAAGUCUGACCUGUAGCAGAUAUGUACCUCUUCUGACACAGUUCUAUGCAGAAACUGAGAAUUUUCCUGCCCCCAUACACACAUACAUUCACACCUUAUAAACACUCCAGGGAAGCAGGAGAAAGGUAAAAAAAUGAACAAACCUCAUUGUGCCUGGCAGGAUGUUAUAGACAUUCAGAUUGCCAGAUUACAACCAUUUCACAAUAGCUAUAAAAUAUCACUGUUAGAAUGAUUCCAAAAUCCAUACUAUGGCAUUAUCUUUAUUAGAUCAAUCAAGAUAUCACAAAAUAAUGAGCAAGCUUUCCACAGUCUUCAGAACCGUCCAGCAGACUGGGUGUCAAACAAAAUAGAGAGUUAGAAGAGAGAGACAAAACAUAAAGUCUGCCAUGAGGUCAGUUGUAAAAUGGAGUGUGUAAAAAAGGCAGCAGACAUAAUAGAUUAUGCCAGCAGUAGUCAAGGUGGUGCCUUCCAGAUGUUGAUGGACUAUAAAUCCCAUCAUCCCUGACCAUUGGCCAUGCUGGCUAUGGCUGAUGGGAGUUGCAGUAGAACCACAUCCAAGUUGUAGUAGGACCACAUCCAGAGGUUACACCAUUGACCAGCUCUAGAUUAGGUUAUACCUUGAGAUACUGGGAUAAAGAAACACGCAAUGGCUGAUUCUCCAGGUCUCUAGAUCUUUCUCCAGCCUUAACUGAAACAGGUUCCUUGCAGUAAAGGUGCUUUGUAUAGCUUGUUUUCUUUGAAUUAUUACAUUACAAGCGGGACCUUACUCUGCAUCUAGAACAUACACAAAACAUUAGCCACGAGCUACAUCAGUCUACAUCUGUCCUGUAGUUAUUUGAGACAUGCUACAUGUUGAUGCAUAAACCCACCAACCGGCUUCAAGGUGAUUUGAAAGCUAAGGCAUAUUAAGACAUCCAUGCUCACUCUUUGCAUGCUAAAUUGUACCACAGGAAUGGCUGGAAUUCCUCUUUGCAGUCGUGCACAGCUUUACUUGGGAGUAAACUCAACUGAACACAGUGAGAUGUAUUUUCAAGGGUUUAUGUGUAGGAUCAGGGCAUACGAGUUGCAGGACCAAAAUACUAAUGAUAUCGUAUGUAUACCAUAGGGGCUUCUCUGUUCAUUCAUUUAUUUCCAUGAAUGGCACAAGAGCGACAGGCCGCUCUGUAGCCAUGAUCUGGCUGCUCUGUUCGGAAAUGUGCUAGCAAAAGAACUCCCAUUUAAAUCAUGUUGGUAGAAAAGCAUCCGAACGAGGUUUGCUCUGCAUCGCACCUCUCAACCCCUGAACUCUAAAAAUGAAGGGCAAAUCUUCUGAAUGACGGACAAUCGCGGACAAAACACCAUGAAAUGAGGGACACAAUGAGAGACAUCAAAGUUUCUCCAAACAAUGAAAGAAAGCAAAACUUUGUGAUGAGCUAGAUGGCGAUCCUUAGAGUAGGAGAGAGUUCCACUAAUGGUUUAUGGAGCAAGGAAUGUCUGCUUUAUGGGAGAACAUAGAUAUGAGGGCUGAAGCCUUUCAUAGAUUUGUUAGAUUAAUUGGCUACAAUUUUAAUUGGUAAAUUGCAGAGGCUGAAGGGCAUACAGUGGUCCCUCGGGUUACAUACACUUCAGGUUACAUACGCUUCAAGUUACAGACUCCGCUAACCCAGAAAUAUUGCUUCAGGUUAAGAACUUUACUUCAGGAUGAGAACAGAAAUUGUGCUCCAGCGGCGCGGCAGCAGCAGGAGGCCCCAUCAGCUAAAGUGGUGCUUCAGGUUAAGAACAGUUUCAGGUUAAGUACAGACCUCCAGAAUGAAUUAAGUACUUAACCCAAGGUACCACUGUAUUUGUUUUUGAAGUUUUUUGAGCCUGGGUAUUACUAUCAUGAGGCAUUAGAAGUGAAUCUGGCUUCGGCUGGGGAGGGCGGGAUAUAAAUAAAAUUUAUUAUUAUUAUUAUUAUUAUUAUUAUUAUUAUUAUUAUUAAUCCUAAGCUCACUAUACCCCAUUGAAUUCUGUGGGGUCUACUUCUGAGUACGUACUUAAGAGUGUGCAUGCCAUGCACAGGAGCUAUCUCAUAUGUUCACACCACUCUAAAGUACCAAGUGAAUUUGCCUUAUGUUUUCUAGCCAGGCUGAAGCUGGUUUGAGAAAAAACUGCAUCAAACGGCAGAAGUUGUAAAGGAACUACAGGAUUGUUAUGGUUUGCAACGGACGUCAUGUGAAUGUGGCUGCGAAAAUUACCAGUGGGAAUGCACUAGAUGUGGAGCAAUGUGAACAUACUCUAGGUCAUCUACUGACCAGACAAAAGGCCUGCCAGAAUGUAUUUUUUAAAAAAAUAUUCAGCAAGCAGUGAAAUGCCAUUAGGAAGGAGGGGGUGCUGAUGGAUCUCUUUGUUCAAUCAAUCAAUGAACUGAUUCACGAGUUGAUAACUGGACAGUAAACAAACUGAAUUAAUUAACCAGUUAAUCAGUUAAAAAAACGAGACAGUUAAUCAGCGGGGGUGGGGGGCUUAAAUCUGUUGGCAUCGCAAACAGCAACCCACCUAUAGGACAGGAAAGAAAUAUUAAAUGAAAACACACACACACACCAGAGUAUUUGCAUAUUUCUCUCCAGGGAAGUCACUAUUUGUACCACUAUGGAGAGACAGAGGAAUUGGUGGAGGCAGGUUAAAUCCAGGAGCAUAAGAGAAGGCAGAUUUUUGCCCAUGCAAGGCUCCAAGGCCUUUUCUUCUGGCGCAUUUAUAACCUAUGAAUUUGACAGUAAGGUAGUGAAAUGUGUAGCUUACCGUAUUUAAGCUUUAAUAUUAAACACAGCUAGCUUCAGGCACAUAGGACUUGGGGGCUAACACAGGGCUUCCUGCUGGUCCCCUUCCAUGCAUCAAUUUAAACGUAAAAAGAAAAAAAAUCUCUCAAGCUCAGUUCCUUUUGUUACGCGAUGCUUUGUCUGAGGCUAACAGGAUAACUGUGAUGUUGUUCCUCAGGGAUCCUUAUUGACUGAGCCAAACGCAGGGCAGCACUGCUCAAGGGCAUUGCAACAUUCAGGUUGGAAACCACAUCCCACAUACCAAGGACAAAUCUGCAGACACACACACACACACACACCCCAGACCCUCCCCCAAAUGUCAACCAAGCCUUGUCUUGCCAUUGUCUGUGUUUUUCUUCUUUCUAGGUCGCAGUCCCGUGCACAGUUUGGCGGCUUGA